CCAUGUCUCAGCUGUUGUGAAUAUAUCAAUUAUAAUGGCGCGCACUGAUUGGACAGAAGGAAAAUCGUGGAGCCGGGCUCACAGCGGAAGGCCAGGACUUGUUGUUCAGGCAAGAGGGUGAAAAUGGCCGAGGGAUCCCGCGCUAACGUCAAGACUCAGCUCUUUGUCUUCAACGUCGUGUUAUGGCUGGCAGGCGGUAUCCUGUUUGCAGUCGGACUAUGGCUGUUGUAUGACCCUGAGAUCACCAAGGUCGUGUCAGCGGAGCUGAAGCUGACCUGGUUCUACCAUGCCUGUUACGCCAUGGUCGUGGCGGGGGCCGUCACUCUCAUCGUGGGCUGCGUGGGGUGCUAUGGAGCGAUGAAGGAAAGAAAGUCCUUAUUAAUGCUGUUUGCUGUCCUGUUGUUUAUCCUGUUUGUUUUAAACAUGGCAGCCUUUAUUGUGGGCAUCAUGUACAGGAACAAGGCAUACUUGUACACAUAUGACUCCUUUGCAGAUGCUCUCCCCAGGGGUUAUAUUGAAGAACAAGACUAUGAAUUCAAGGAAGCUGUCAAGAAAAUUGAGAGCAAGUUCUCGUGCUGCGGACUGAGAGACCUGAACCAGCAUGGCGUGCCGUGCCUACAGGACACGUGUUUGUGUGACCCCAACGUUGGCGUGGACUGUAAGGAUUACAGUGUGUUUGGUAGUUCCUGCACGGUGUAUGCAGAGCCCUGCUUGUAUAAAGUGUCAUCGUUCCUCAGGCAGAAGAUGAUAGCAGUGAUAGUUAUGCCGUUGAUUGUUGCCUUAAUACAGCUGUGUGGCAUCUGUUUUGUCUGGAGGACACAGAGAAACGUUGGUGAGGAUGUUGCCUAGUGUAGGCAGUGCCGCGCCAGUGUAUGAAAACUCGGGAUUCAUCCACCACUAUCUAACUCUACUAUUUACCUCUAAGGAAUCAUUUAAUCUACCAUAUACUAGACUCAGGAGUUUUUAGAAUUUUAUACUUUUAUUGAAUGUUAGAAAAGAGAGCUUAAUGCAUAGCAGUCAGUUUUAGUACUUCCUGAGUGACUAUCAUUGUUGAUGUACACGUGUGUAAUGUAAAAUAUGAAGUUAGCAUGUUUGAUAAUACUAAUAGCAGCAUGUUAACAUGUAGUACAGGUUCAUGUGUUAACAAAAACAUCUUCAGUCAGUAGAGUCAAGUGCUUUAAUUUGUGUAUCAAUGUUUAUGUACACAUGUAAUAUAACAUUUGGUUAACUGUAUUAGCUAUAGGCAUACCCUUAGUACAUUAGCUGUUUACAAAAACAUGUUCAGUCAGGAAAUGUUUCCCCGUCUAGUUGAAAUCAUGUGACUGAUUCCAAUAUCUCUGAUUUAUAUAUUUGCAUCAUGGACGUACAUGGAUGUAUGGUACAUGUACCUGUAUUGGGUUUUGAAAUAAAAGUUUUCUUUAGAA